AUGGAAGGCACAGCUGAAGCAGCUGCUGGCCGACAAUACAACCAGAAAUGGCCUCCCUGCUGCAACUGUAGCUUAGGUGUGAAAAUAUUUCCACACUGGCAUUUGGCUGCCUCAGAUGCCUGUUCACGUUCCCUCGAUGAGAGAGCGUGUCGUCUGUUUUUUCUUUUGUUUCAAGUAGCCGCUAGCCAGAAGUUGCCUGUUACGCUAUCUGUUCUCGAAGAAUAUGAAAUAAAACCUGAGCAAAUAUACUCUGUUACCACGGAUAAUUGGUCUAAUAUGUUAAAAGCAGUUCAUCUUAUGGAAAACCGGCAUCCAACAUAUGUCGAUUCUGACGAUGAACAGGGUCAGCUUGAGGAAAAUGAUGCUAUUGACAAGAAUCAAGAGACAGAAGACUCCGAAGAAGAGCAAGUAUAUGCAUUUUAUAAAUACAGAAACAUAGCCAGCAAAAUAGAUAAAUGUCGCCAACUUUCAAAGGAAAUUCGGACGCCAACCAUUAUGCUUCUCAUAAAAGCACUUAAUAUUAAACACCCAAUAUUGGAUACCAAAACCAGAUGGAAUUCAACUAUAUGCAUGCUAGAACGUUUGCUGGAACUCCGACCAUUUUGCCAAAAAAAUUGCAAAACACACAAAGUCUUAUAUGUACCAAAUACAAUUUGGGAUUUCAUGGAGGAGUUUGUCACAGUUAUGAAACCCGUUAAGGAUGCCACAAUAGCCCUACAGGCAGCACAAUUGGUGAUUGGAGAUUUCUUUGGUGUUUGGAUCAAAAUGAGACUUGAGAUUUCUUCAAUGAAACAAAAUAUGGCAAAAGAUCUAAUGGCGUGUUUAAUGCAACGCGAGGAUGUUCUGCUAAGCCAGACAACAGUCAUAUCUGCACUUUAUUUAGACCCACGAUACAAAAGCCUUUUAAAUCGUGAAUCAGCUUUAAAUGCAAAAAGGUAUCUUUUAGAAACUUGGCGUCAAAUUCAAAAUUUAAAAUCAGAAACUACUAUGCAGGAUAAAAACAAUGGAGAUGUGAGCAGUACAUUGGGUCACGAGUUAAGUGAGGUGGACGCUUUUCUUCAAUCGCAAUCAAACACUGCUAUACCUGAAGUGGUCGUAAGGGAGGAUGAAAUUAAGGAAAGUAUAAAUAGCUUUCAACAUUAUCCCCGCAUUACGGCGCAGAGCGAUAUUCUAGAAUUUUGGGACGCACGUCGAUCACACCCCCUUUAUGAUAUAGCAUGUGUGGUUUUAGGAGUUCCAGCUACGCAAGUUAGUGUAGAGCGGAAUUUUUCUGCACUUAAAUUUAUUUAUAAUCAUUUAAGAUGCCGUUUAACUGAAGAAAAUCUCUCAAAUAUUCUUUUAAUUAAUUUAAAUACAAAAUCAACACAAUAAUUUUAAGUUUAGAGCUACCUUAUUUGUGGUAGCCAGUCAAAUUUGAAUGCAAAUUGUUAUUUACUUUUCCGUUGAACGGAAAAAAUUAUUCAAGACAAAUCAAUAUUCCUAGAAGUUCCUAUG